AUGAGCAAGGACCGCCCUCCCGAGCUGAAGACACUUGGGGACAAGAAGUUAUCAUCGAAAUUGAAUGGUGGCAGACAUGUCCAAGGAAUACUGUGGGGAUUUGAACCCUUCAUGAAUCUUGUGAUUAAUGAAUGUGCAGAAAUGGCAACUAGUGGGCAGCAAAGUAACACUGGGAUGGAGGUCAUAGGAGGAAAUAGCAUCAUCAUGUUGGAAGCCUUGGCAUGA